AUGGCGGAGUCGGAGUCAGAUUCGGGGCUUUCCGUCUCUUCUGGCAGCUCACUUGAAGAUGAGCCGGCUGAUUCAGACGAACCCCACAGCAGCAACAGCCGCAGCAACAGAAGCAACAACAGGAGCAGCAACAGCAACAGCAGCAGCAGCAGCAGCAGCAGCAGCAGCAGCUCGUUUACACGGGGGGAGACCGUUCCAAUGCAGAGGCCACGGGCUCGCUGUGCAUCAUAUUCAAUUCCUCCAGCGGGAGGCGGAGCAGCAGCAGCACCUGCAGCAGAGCAGCAGCAGCAGCAGCAGCACAAAACAGCUCGAUCUAGCUUGCUGCGGCGUUCGCGUGGUGGCUCCGUGGGCAGCAGCAGCAGCAGCAGCAGCAGCCACAGCAGCAGCAGCACUAGCAACCAUAGCGGCAGUAGCAGCAGCGGGCACUCGCCUCAGCAACACCAGUCUCAUCACAGCAGCAGCAGCAGCAGCAGCAGCAGCAAGGGCGAGAAGCCAUGCAGCUCUCAUCAUGCUCGCGUUGCAGCAGCAGCAGCAGCAAAGCGAGUGGAUGAUAAUUCAGAGGGUGCUAUAAGUGCAGCAUCAGGUUGUAUAGCUGCAUCAGAGGCCCCACAAGCAGCAGCAGCAGCAGCAACAGCAGCAGCAGCAGCAGCAGAGAGCUGGGAGCAGCGCUUCGAGACCUUUAAAGUUCGCACUCCUUUUAUAUUCUUUACGCCUUUUACACCUUUAACAAAUCUCUCAUGCACCCCUUCUUCUGUCUUCGUCUCUACAUGUGCUGAUAUUUACUUUACUGACUAUUACAAUGCUUGGGAAGCAGCAGCACCAGCAGCAGCACCAGCACUUGAAGCAGAACAAGCAGCAGCAGCAGCACCAGCAGCAGCAGCAGCAGCAACACCUGCUGCAGCAUUAUUACCACCAGGAAACCAUCAGCAGCAGCAACAACAGCUGCAGCUGCUGCAGCAACAUUAUCAAGAUCAGCAAAGGAAGCGCUCUUUUCAGCUACAGAUGCAGCAGCAGCAGCAGCUCCAUCAGCAGCAACUCGCGCUACUCAAGCAGCACGAAAAUCUAACCUUCCAAGCAGCAGCAACGCAGCAAAAGAUCUUACAGCUGCAGCACCAACACCAACACCAACACCAGCAGCAGCAGCAGCAGCAGCAGCAGCAGGAGCAGGAGGAGGAGCAAGAUGAUGAGGAUUCGGUAUCUGAAGCAGUUGCUUCUUUAGCUCAGCAUCGUGAGGGUUUGCUGCAGCAGCUGCAGCAGGUAGAAGCGGGGCUGAAGUCUCUGGAGCAGCAGCAGCGCAGCACAUGCAGCUCUGUUGUUUUCUCACCCUUUGAUCUGCAUGCACUCGUCUUAGGGUCUUUUGCUGCUUUCUUUGCUCCGUUUGGAGGGUUCUUCGCCUCUGGCUUCAAGCGAGCGCUCCGCAUCAAGCGCACAUUUGUUCCUCAGAUAGCUGAAGCAGAAGCAACAGCAAGACGUGUUGCGCUGCUGCAGUAUCAGUAUCAGAAGCCCCAGCAGCAGCAGCAGCAGCAGCAGCCGCCGAUGCAUCAUAUGCAGCAUCAGAUGCAUCAAAUGCAGAGAAAAAGGGUGCAGCAACAACAAAUAAUGCAGCAGCAGCAACAACAGAAACAUCAGCAGCAGCAACAUAUCAACAUUAUGCAACAGGAAGAAGAGGGAUCAGAGAGAUUCAGCAGCAGCACAACCAGCACUACCAGCAGCAGCAGCAGCACCAACAGCAGAGACAGCAGCAGUCUUGCUGCUGUCCAAAGCGUACAUAGCUAUCUGCACGGCGAAGAAGCAAACAGCAACGCCGCAGCACAACAGCAGCAAAACCUAACUAAUGAAGAUGCUGCUCUCAGCCAGAUCCUCUUUGCUGCUCAGCAGCUCUCAUUGCAGCAGCUUGCUGCUCUGCAGCACCGCCUGGAAGCAGUCGCUGCAGCAAAGACAGCAGCAGCUGCUGCUGCCGAAGCAGCAACCCAAGCUGCACCAGACGCUGCAGCAGUCGCUGCAGCAGAAAAUGUAGUACAAGCUGCAGCACAAGCUGCAGCAGAUGCUGCAGCACAAGCUGCAGCACAAGCUGCAGCAGAUGCUGCAGCACAAGCUGCAGCACAAGCUGCAGCACAAGCUGCAGCACAAGCUGCAGCACAAGCUGCAGCACAAGCAGCUGCAGAUGCUGCAGCACAAGCUGCAGCACAAGCAGCUGCAGAUGAUGCUGCAGUACAAGCUGCAGCACAAGCAGCCGCAGAUGAUGCAGCACAAGCUGCAGCACAAGCAGCAGCAGAUGCUGCAGCACAAGCAGCUGCAGACGCAGCAGCACAAGCUGCAGCAGAUGCUGCAGCGCAAGCAGCAGCAGGUGCUGCAGCAGAAGCAGCAGCACAGGCUGCAGCAGAUGCAGCAGCACAGGCUGCAGCAGAUGCUGCAGCGCAAGCUGCAGCACAGGCUGCAGCAGAUGCUGCAGCACAAGCUGCAGCACAGGCUGCAGCAGAUGCUGCAGCACAAGCUGCAGCACAAGCUGCAGCACAAGCUGCAGCACAGGCUGCAGCAGAUGCUGCAGCACAAGCAGCUGCAGAUGCUGCAGCACAAGCUGUAGCAGUUGCUGCAGCAGAAGCUGUAGCGUAG